GGCAGCGGUGGCGGUGGCUGGCCGGAAAGCUUGCAUACUGAAUUAUGGAACCGGGAAGUGAGGAAGAACAGUGGGAGAAGCUGGAUGCAGAAUUUGAUCACUUUGUGGUAGAUAUGAAGCCCUUUGUUUUAAAGUUAUCCCAUAGGACAGAACGGCAGCGGUGUGCACUUUGGAUUAGAAAACUGUGCGAACCUUCAGGAACAGGUGCAGGCGUCACAGGCAGGAAAAAUCGGAAUCUGUAUGCCAAACUGCUGCUGCACAUGCUGAAGCGAGGUGUGCUCGAAGGCCCCUUCAUACACCGUCCUGAGCCAGGCACGCUGAGAGCUCUACCUUCCUACAUGUCCAUCUAUUUUGAUGAACCAAAUCCAGCACGAGCCAAAGGUUCAAGUCCAGAAGGAUUACCAGACUGGGUAAUGGGUGAGCUUGGGACCAGUGAACACAAAUUAAAUGAAUCAUGGAAGUUUUCCUCUGGAGAAGAUUAUUCUUUGAUACAGUCACCAACUGAUGUCCACAGGGAGCAAUACACUGUGAAGCUCCAAAUGAGGUCACAUUCUGUGAGUCCAUCCUACAGAGAAGAUGGAGAAAACGUUACCACAAAGAUUUGUGAAGUUCAACCAAAAAAAUCUGCCAUUUCUUUGGAUGACAGUGACAUUGAAGCUCGCCUAAACAGUUGGAAUCUUGGGAUAGAAAAUCCUCGGUACCUGAGACAGAAGCCUAUCCCAGUUUCUCUGAUGACUCCCAGAUCCAGCCUGAGAAAAUCUAGCAGCCUCCAGGAUGAUCACUUAUUUUCUCUAACGCAUAAGAAAGAGCUGGACAUGAAAACAAAAAUGAUGGAAGCAAAAUAUCAUGAAGAGAAACUUAAACUGCAGCAGAAGCAUGAUGCUGACAUUCAGAAGAUUUUAGAAAGAAAGAAUAACGAAAUAGAAGAAUUGAAAACUUUAUAUAAAAAGAAGCAAAAUGAAAUGGAGGAAACUAUUAGAAAACUUGAAAAGAAAGUUCAGGCCCUUAUACGUGACUGUCAAAUUAUCAGAGAUACUAAAGAAAACCAGAUUGCAGAGCUGAAAAAGAUAUGUGAACAAAGCGCAGAAUUUCUGAAUAAUGACUGGGAAAAAAAGCUCCACAAUGCUGUAGCAGAAAUGGAGAAGGAAAAGUUUGAUCUUCAAAAGCGGCACACUGAAAAUAUUCAAGAAUUGCUGGAGGACACAAAUCUCCGUCUGAAUAAAAUGGAGGGCGAAUACAUGGCACAAACAGAGUCCACUAACCAGAUGGUCAAAGAAUUGGAAUCCCGUGUCCAGCAGCUAACUGGAGAAGCAGAGAACAGUAAUUUACAGAGGCAGAAACUACUUCAAGAAAAAUUGGAACUUGAGAGAUGUUACCAGAUAACAUGUACUGAAUUACAGGAAGUAAAGGCAAGGUGCACCACUCUGCAUAAAGAGAAAGAUCAUCUUGUGAAUGACUAUGAGCAAAACAUGAAGCUGUUACAAACCAAAUUUGAUGCUGAUAUAAGCCUUCUGAACCAGGAGCAUGCUCUUUCGGCAUCUAAGGCAUCUGGUAUGAUUGAAGAAUUAGAACAGAACAUCUGUCAAUUAAAACAGCAAUUAGAGGAAUCAGAACUUCAAAGAAAGCACCAAAUAAGGGAUCAAGAAAAUAAGUUUCAAAUGGAGAAAAGUCAUUUAAAACACACCUAUGAGAAAAAGGUUCAUGACUUACAGAGUGAACUUGAUAGAGAAAAAGAAGAUGCUCAAAAGAAAAUUCACAAAUUUGAGGAAGCUUUGAAAGAAAAAGAAGAACAACUCACUCGUGUGACUGAAGUUCAGAGGUUGCAGGCCCAACAGGCAGACGCUGCUCUGGAAGAGUUUAAGCGGCAGGUGGAACUGAACUCAGAGAAAGUGUAUGCUGAAAUGAAAGAGCAGAUGGAAAAAGUAGAAGCAGAUUUAACUAGAUCCAAGUCUCUUCGAGAGAAACAAUCAAAGGAGUUUUUAUGGCAGCUAGAUGAUGUCAAACAACGAUACGAACAGCAGAUAGUAGAGCUGAAGCUGGAGCACGAACAGGAGAAGACGCACCUAUUACAGCAGCAUAACGCAGAGAAGGAUAGCCUAGUCCGAGACCAUGAACGGGAAAUCGAAAACCUGGAAAAACAGCUCCGCGCUGCCAAUAUGGAGCACGAAAAGCAAAUUCAAGAGUUCAAGAAACGAGACUCACAGGUUAUUGCUGACAUGGAAGCCCAGGUUCACAAGUUGAGAGAAGAGCUGAUCAACGUGAACUCACAGCGGAAACAGCAGCUGGUAGAGCUCGGUCUUCUCCGUGAAGAGGAGAAGCAAAGGGCUGCGAGGGACCAUGAGAGUGCUGUCAGCAAAUUGAAGGCUGAAUCAGAAAAGAUGAGAAUGGAGCUGAAAAAGACUCAUGCUGCUGAGACAGAGAUGACACUGGAAAAGGCCAACAGCAGGCUGAAGCAGAUUGAGAAGGAAUAUACUCAGAAGCUUGCCAAAUCUUCCCAGAUCAUAGCAGAACUUCAGACAACCAUUUCCUCUCUGAAAGAGGAGAACAGCCGGCAGCAGCUUGCUGCAGAAAGGCGGCUCCAGGAUGUUGUGCAGAAGUUUGAAGAUGAGAAGCAGCAGCUGAUUAGAGAUAAUGACCGAGCAAUCAAGGCUUUACAGGAGGAGCUGGAAACCCGCUCUAACCAGGUGCGCAGUGCAGAGAAGAAGCUACAGCACAAGGAACUGGAGUCGCAGGAGCAGAUAACUUACAUACGACAAGAAUAUGAAACAAAAUUCAAAGGGUUGAUGCCAGCAUCUCUGAGACAAGAACUUGAGGACACCAUUUCCUCCCUUAAGUCACAGGUUAACUUUCUGCAGAAGAGAGCAUCCAUCCUUCAAGAAGAACUAACGACCUACCAAGGCCGAAGGUAGCCGCACAAGGACUGGCCUGCGGCACAGGCCAGGGGAGUGGGUGCUGCUGUCUGCUGUCCUGGGGACUUCUGCCAGCAGGUCUGAAGAUUUGGAUAUUGUAAACUGUGAGAUC